AUGGCCUUAUUGCCCCGGGUGGUGAGCGCGCGCGCGAGCGUGGGGCCGAGCCUGCGGCGGGCGGCGCGCGCCUCCACCGGCUUCCAGCUGCAUCGGCCCGCGCCCUCCGGCCCCCGGCGCGUUGUCUCCCGCGCCAUGGCGUGCAAGCAGGAGCUGCAGCCACAGUCCCCGCCGCCCGCAGCCGACGUCCAGGCCUCCUACGACUACCUGGUGAUCGGGGGCGGCUCGGGCGGGCUGGCCAGCGCGCGCCGGGCGGCGGAGCUAGGCGCCAGGGCCGCGGUGGUGGAGAGCCACAAGCUGGGCGGCACGUGCGUGAAUGUCGGAUGUGUACCAAAGAAGGUAAUGUGGAACACAGCUGUCCACUCUGAAUUCAUGCAUGAUCACGUGGAUUAUGGCUUUCAGAGCUGUGAGAGUAAAUUCAAUUGGCACGUUAUAAAGAAGAAGCGGGAUGCCUAUGUGAGCCGUCUGAAUACCAUCUAUCAAAAUAAUCUAACCAAGUCCCACAUAGAAAUCAUCCAUGGCCAUGCAGCAUUCACAGAUGGUCCCCAGCCCACAGUUGAGGUCAAUGGGAAGAAAUACACCGCUCCUCACAUCCUGAUCGCCACAGGUGGUGUGCCCUCGCAUCCUCAAGAGAGCCAGAUCCCUGGCUGUAGUCUGGGAAUAACCAGUGAUGGAUUUUUUCAGCUGGAAGAAUUGCCUAGGCGCAGUGUCAUUGUGGGUGCGGGUUACAUUGCUGUGGAGAUAGCUGGGAUUCUCUCCGCCCUGGGCUCUAAGACAUCGCUGAUGAUCCGACAUGAUAAAGUUCUUAGAAAUUUUGAUUCCCUGAUUAGUUCCAACUGCACUGAAGAGCUGGAGAAUGCUGGUGUAGAGGUCUUGAAGUACUCUCAGGUCAAGGAAGUUAAAAAGACUCCAGCAGGCUUGGAACUAUACAUGGUUACUGCAGCUCCUGGUAGGAAACCCACCUCGACCACCAUUCCCAAUGUUGACUGCCUGCUUUGGGCCAUUGGACGGGAUCCAAAUUCCAAGAGCCUGAAUUUAAACAAACUGGGAAUUCAAACUGAUGAGAAAGGUCAUAUUAUAGUAGAUGAAUUCCAGAAUACCAAUGUCAAAGGUAUCUAUGCAGUUGGAGAUGUCUGUGGAAAAGCUCUUCUUACUCCAGUUGCAAUAGCUGCUGGCCGAAAACUCGCCCACAGAAUUUUUGAAUGCAAAGAAGAUUCCAAAUUAGACUAUGACAACAUCCCCACUGUGGUCUUCAGCCACCCCCCUAUUGGGACAGUAGGACUCACAGAAGAUGAGGCCAUUAAUAAAUAUGGAAAAGACAAUAUAAAGAUCUACUCAACCACCUUUACGCCGAUGUAUCAUGCUGUGACCACAAGGAAAACGAAAUGCGUGAUGAAAAUGGUUUGUGCCAACAAAGAGGAGAAGGUGGUUGGGAUCCACAUGCAGGGAAUUGGGUGUGAUGAGAUGCUGCAGGGUUUUGCUGUUGCAGUGAAAAUGGGAGCGACGAAGGCUGACUUUGAUAACACAGUUGCCAUUCACCCCACCUCUUCAGAAGAACUGGUCACACUCCGCUGAGAACCCGGAGACUGGCAUGGCUGGCAGGUGGACCAGUAGACCUUCCGAGAUGAACCAAAUAAUCACGUUUACUUCCUGUUCCAGUUUUAUAUUUUUCUUUAUUUUAAUCAGAAUCUUCUGACAGUUGAAGUUUUUAGUAAAAAAUAGAAAUUAUUUAUGUAAUCAGAAGUUUGUGUUAACGGUUGAUUUUUCAUUUGACGAUAAUUAAUCUUUUAAAGUUUUUUAUUAACAGUUCUAUGCUAGUUCUUUUUUGUUUC